AUGAAUGACAAUUAUGCAAAGGAGUUGGAUAAUUUACGCAAGUUGAGAGCCACUCUUCAAGCUGUCAAAGAAUCAACUGACAAAAUCUUGCAAGAUGUUGAAACUGUCUACAAGAAUAAUAAUCCCCAACUUUUGCAACAAUCUAAAGAUCUUGAUCAAACUAUAAACAAGGUUAUAAACUGA